CUACUGUUAAGCCAUCUUGUCUAGACCCCCUGAGUGUGAGACUUGAGAGUGUGAGAGUGACAAUCAUAGAAUAAUAGAAUUCGUAGACUUCAUACGUAAUAUACAUAAUUAAGAUAUAUUUAAGAUUUAUUUAAAAACUUAAUAUAAUAAAGACUGAUAUAGCAAGAGAUAACUGGCUAUGUCCCACAUUAAUGACUUAAUUCGGGUAAUGAAAGGGCUUCGGCAGGUUGUUGAAGCAGGACUUAAAUUACAGCAGGAAAGUUCUGCCUUAAUAUGGAAUAACUCUAGCUUUAAGCCAUACUUUCAAAACUGUACAACUAACCCCUUUAACAGCAAAGUACAUCCAGACAUACCUGAAGACUUAGUUGAUAGAGCAUUUGUUGUACUUCAUGGAAUAAGACAGUAUGCCUUAAUGCAUGUACCAAACUUUAAUCCUAGUAUUAGGAAAAGAAACAUGGAUCCUGAAUUGCAAGAUGAAAUUGAACAGUUAAAUAGAGAAUUUGAUAAAACAUUUGAUACUUUGAAGAGGAAUCAAAAUCACGAAAACUCAUUAUUAGCAUCUGAUGAUAUUACUGUGCCACUGGAAAAAUUGAAGUCACCAGACAGAUUAAAACUAGAAUCUAUUGACACACAAAAAGUAAUGCCGCCUUCUGCAGUGGAAAUAGAAAGUAACAUCACCAAUAUUGAAAAGAAUAGAGUUCCUGUUUUAAAACCAGUAGCCAAGAAGAAGUUAAAAGUAUUUCUCAAUGAAAAUUCAAAAGCUCGUGUGGUGCCUUCUUCCCGCAUUGGCCGUAUGAUAUCAUUUGGAUCAUUAGCUGCAGGUCUGGGUGUAGGAACAGUAGCACAAUAUGCAAGAAAUACACUUCAGUCUGUCACCGGCAAGACUGAUGAUACAGUCAAUGCAUUUUUGUCACCUGCAAAUGCAGAAAGAAUUGUUGACACACUUUGCAAAGUUAGAGGUGCAGCUUUGAAGUUGGGCCAACUUUUGAGUUUACAAGAUGAGUCAAUGAUACCAUCAGAUUUACAAAAAAUAUUUGAGAGGGUACGUCAAUCUGCUGACUUCAUGCCAACAUGGCAGGUUGAGAAAGUAAUGUCGUCACAGCUAGGUCCUGAUUGGCGCAACCGUGUUCAAUACUUUGAGGAAAAACCGUUUGCAGCAGCAUCAAUAGGACAAGUUCAUUUAGCGUUGUUGCACAAUGGCAGAGAAGUUGCCAUGAAAGUGCAGUAUCCUGGAGUAGCAAAAGGAAUUAAUAGUGACAUAGACAACCUUGUUGGAGUACUUAAGGUAUGGAAUUUGUUCCCAAAGGGUAUGUUUAUAGACAAUAUUGUGGAGGUUGCGAAGAAGGAGUUAGCUUGGGAAGUGGAUUACAUCCGUGAAGCGGAGUGUACUAGAAAAUUUAAAACACUUCUGGCGCCGUUUCCGGAAUAUUACGUGCCAGAUGUUAUAGAUGACCUGUGUGCAUCAGAAGUGAUGACUACAGAGUUAAUAGAAGGGCAACCAAUCGACAAGUUAUUUAACGCUGACCUUGAAACAAGAAUGGACAUUGCCUACAAAAUUAUGCAACUUUGCCUGCGGGAAAUGUUUGUAUUACGUUGUAUGCAGACUGACCCAAACUGGGCAAAUUUCUUUUACAACACCAACACUAAACAGGUUAUAUUAUUGGAUUUUGGGGCCACACGCGAAUAUUCCAAGAGCUUCAUGGACCAAUAUAUUGAGAUAAUACACGCGGCCUCAGAAGGUGACCGCGAUGCCAUCUUGCAGAUGUCAAAGGAAAUGAAAUUCCUUACUGGAUACGAGUCUAAGAUCAUGGAAGAAACGCAUGUAGACACGGUUAUGAUUAUGGGGGAGAUUUUUACCACGGCUAGCACAGAUGGUUUCGACUUUGGCUCCCAAAAUACAACAAAACGCAUACAAUCGCUGGUACCAACAAUAUUAACGCACAGACUUUGUCCACCUCCGGAAGAAAUCUACUCGUUACAUAGAAAACUAUCGGGUGUUUUCUUAUUAUGCUCAAAAUUAAAAGUUAAAAUGAAUUGUAGAGAUAUGUUCCAAGAUAUAUACCGACAGUACAAAAAUAAUGAUUUUAAUUAAUCUCUUCCGGCUGUGCCUCAUGACUCAUUCUUGGUUUUAGUGAUAUUUUUUCCUCAUUGUAAAACUAUGAUGUUUUCAUUAAGAUUUAAAACCCUGAAAAACCCAGUAUUUUUGUAGAUGUUUUACUGAACUAUGAAUUUGAUGUAUAAUACCCAUAAUUUUUAAGGUAGAUAAAACUUAUUAGGUGGUUCUGGUGUUAUUAGCGAAUUUGUUUUCAAAGUGCCUCGUAACUAUUGCAUACCAUGGGCUCAAGGUCCAUAGAUCUUAAAUAAAUGAAGGUGGUUGUUAAUAAAUGUUCUUAUUACUUGUUAGUAAAUAUGUACAAAUCCAUUAAUUAUGAAAACGCUGUAUUUUAGGUAUAAUUAUUUAAAAUGAUUUUAAUUCAAAAUGAAGCAGUUUUAAGUGUCAUUUAAUAUAUUAAAACAAUUGUAUGUUAAGUUAUGAGUUAUAUAUUUGCUUCGUAACACUACUAAUUUUGAUUUGAUUUCAAUUGUUAUUGUAAAAAAAAACUAUGUUUUAUUAGUAUUGUCUUAAAAAAAAAAACUCUAAAAAAGUUGUCAUUUUUACGGUACGUAAAUAUUUUUAGUUAAAUUUUAAGCAUUUCAAUAAUACCUCAUCUGUAUUUAUAUUUUUAUACAAAACUUUAAAGUGUAUAUAAAGUCCAUGUAACAUAUAAACAAAAUUAAUCAAACUGUAAAAAAGGGCCAUGCUGCAUUCUUUAUAAAAUAAAGUGAUACAACUAAAAUU